ACUCUUGAAUUCCUUUGCGUAGGUCAGGCGUCUAUCUCUUUGCUGUUCGCCACAAAAUUAAACUUGCAGGUUGAGAUUCUCGAUCACAAUUCCGCAGCAGGCCAGGUUCAUCCGAUCUAGCCGGACAUGGCACCGACGCCAUCAAGCAUCCCGCUGGCCAAAAGGCGUCGCCGUCGCCGCCGGGCGAAGCGCUCCCGCGUCGUUGCCUCCAUCGCCCACUCUGACUGGAGGGACUGGGCGAGCCUGUCGUUCGGGCCGGCCGUGUUGAUCGCCGAGCGCGUGCUCUCCGCCAACCUCGCCGACUACGUGCGCCUCCGUGCGGUGUGCAGCACGUGGCGCCGGUGCACUGAGGACCCGCGCGCCGACGCGCGCGGCGGCGCCCUAGACAGAAGGUUCCACCCUCGACAAUGGAUAAUGCUCGAUGACAGCGUCGGCCGCGUCCGCCCCCGCCACAGCCGCUUUCUGAACGUCUCCACUGGGGAGUGCGUCCGGAUGGAGCUCCCGGAGCUGACUGGCCGUGUCGUCCUCGCACCCACGCCCGAGGGCCUCCUCCUCCUGCUGAACGACGAUGAGACCCACGCCGUCUGCCUGCUGAACCCGCUUACCGGCUCCCGCACCGACCUCCCGCCGGCGACCGCGCUACUCUCCGGUUACAAGCCGGACCGUUUCUUCCAAAGAUCAACUGGCAACGAGGAGGCGCUCGAGGUGUACGGCGUAGGGAUCGCGCACGACUCGACUGUUGUGGUCAACUUCGGGGAGCACCGCCAGCUGGCCGUCGCGAGGCCCGGCAACGACCACUGGACGAGGCUGCGCUGCGAAGAAGACCGGAUCCGCGGCCCGAUCCUGUCGUUCGCAGGCCGCGUGUACUGCAUCGUGUGUGAGACCGUCAUGGUGGUGGAGACCUCGCCGGAUGAGCAUCCGCCGCGACUGGCCAAGGUCGCCAUGAUCGGGGACCCGAUCGGAAGAUCGUCGCGGCCCCUUCAUAAUGUGUUGGACACCUUGCACCUGGUAGACAAUGGCGGCGAGCUGAUGGUGGUGCACCGAAUACCCCGCAUAGCCUUCAUCAGCUUCGAUAUCUAUACCAUAUGCGAAAAGUCGUACCGGGUUGAUUUGGAGGCGGGGACGACAACAAUCGUCAAUGGCAACUUUGGCGGGCGCAAGCUGUUCAUCGGCAUGCGCCGGACGCUGUCCGUGCCGGCGGGGUUGUCGCCGUUCAUCACCGCCGAGUCCGACUGUGUCCGGAUGGACCGAGGCAAAGAGCGUGUGCAGCCACAUAGUAUUGUUGAGUGCAUUUGCAGGUACCUCGGCGGCCACAAAAGACGCUGAUUCUCCUACUCAUUGUAUUUCAAAAUUUUAAUUUUCAAUACGGUACUAUUCAAUCUGUACAAAGGCCCUAUUGCUAAGUAUGUCAUCCAUAACAAGCCAACAUAAUUUGAUGACGAUCACUUCUCUCUUUUUUUGUUCA